AUGCCACCACCGCCGCCGGCGUCGGUAGUCCUGCCCAGCGACGUGGUGCGCCGCAUCUUGGUCCGCGCGGCCACGCUGGAUGCGUCCACGGGCGUGCGGCUGCUCCAGCUGAAUCGCGCGUGGCAUGCCGUGCUUGUGCCGUGUGUGUACGCGCGCGUCGAGCUAGGCACAGCCCAUGCCUUGGCGAUGUUCCGUGCGCUCGUGCAGGCGCAGCCUCACAAGGCGCGCGCCGUGCGCCGGCUGUGGAUCGGGCCGAUGCACGCACGCUCCGACCUGCUUCCCAUCUUGUCUGUGCCUACGCCGACCGACUCACCCUACCUUGUGUCCCAGCGCGGACAUGUGUACAGUGAUACCCGUCUCGUGCUCCGCGCGUGUCGCCGUGUCGAGGACGUCGCCCUCAGUGGCUCGCUCGUCUCUGCCGACGUCGUCCACUCAUACGGCACAGCAUGCCAGCCUGGGAUCAUUACGUCUAUCAACCCGCACAGCUUCAUUUCAGCCUUCAAUGCGCCCAUCUUUCGGCGCGUACAUACGCUACGUGUGUGCGACCUCAACCUGUCCUUAUCGGAAGUGCAUGCCAUCAGGCGCAUGCCGGCCCUUCGUUCUUUUACAUACACGUCACCCAAAGAUGACGGCGAUGUCGACCAAGAAGUGUAUACCCUGCGUCUCCUCGUGACGUGCGAGGACGACGACCCACUCGAGGCCCUCAGCCGCCGCCUGCACCUCGACGACACGCGGCUCGAGCUGAUCAUACGCACCGCACCACAGCGAGCGGCUCAGUUGGCGGCCCGCUGGCACGAAGUGCCCGGCGUAGAGAUGCGCACGCGCAUCGUGCCACAGCACCUCAUCGACGCGUGGGACGCCCUCCGCGAUCUCGUAUUCCGUGCGCAUGACGACAUCGAUGCGGACGCGGACCCCAGCUCGGCACUCCGCAUCAUGCACGACGAGUGGCGCUAG